AGCAUUUUUUAAAGACAUGCGCAUGUGUUGCCAAAACACAUGUCAUUUAAUUUAAUAACAUACGCGACAGCGAAAAGUAUGCAACGAUGUCGUUGAAAACAAUAUCGAUGAUCAGCGAUGAUGAAGAAGAAGAAUCGUAUGAGACGCGCGUCCAGCGUAAGAAUGUGACCAACAGUGGCAACAAUUGCGUCAAAACUAUCGCAAACAAUGUUUGCUCGACGACAACUGCCCACACGAUUAUCACUAACGGCGAACACAAGUUUGCCGAUAAAAAUGUUGAUAAUAACGGUAUUGUAAGUGACAAACAAAUUAACGACCCGUUGAAUACCGAUGACAAUACUGUUGACGAAGCCUUUGCCAAUGGAAACGGUACUCAUUUGUUGGCAAACAUUACGAAAGUCGCCGAUAUCAACGACAAUAAUGAUACCAAUUCUAUGUCAAUGGAUACGAACGGGUGGCCAUCAGAUGACAAUAUGACUGAUAAUGACCCGAACACUAAUCUAAUACUGAACGGUAGUACUGGAGAUCAAUUGACACCAAUCGAUGACAACAAUUACGAAAAUGAAGGCAAAGAAAAUGAAGAGAAAGUUAUGGACGAAGAAGUUGAAGAACAAGAAAACAACAACAACAAUAUUGUUGAUGUGUCCACCAAAAUACGUACCGACUUUACCGAGGUUGAGGAUAAGAUAGUUGUCUAUCUAUACACAAAAGUACAUAAGCGUAGAAUUAUUGACAUUAAAUACUUCAACGAUGCCCUCCAAGUCCGCUAUAAGGGCCAAGAAUUUGAUCCGAUGGACAUUACUAAUGACACCGAUGACAAUGUUAUAUACAAGUGGCGCAAAAUAUUACAUGGCCAAAUAGAGCCCGAUUUAUGUCAUCAUAAGGAGACAAAAGAAAGGAUUGAGAUAACAGUAAUCAAAAAGGACAAGAAAUUCAAAUGGAAUGCAUUCGAACGUACGGUUAAUUUUCCGUUUAGCCAGACAAACGUAAAUCAAUACAGUCCGGUGUAUUGGUCACAAAACAAGUAUUUGUUGCCAACCAUUACGAAGGUCGCCGACAUCAACGACAAUGAUACCAAUUCGAUGUCAAUGAAUACGAUUAAGUGGCCAACAGAGGCCAAUGAGACCGCGCUGUCGCUAAACAACGCUCGAUCAUCACUGCAAACACUGUCACAUAUAUGGGAGACCAAUCAGUCAUCAAAGCCAUCAAUACAUGUAUCCUCUUCUCGAAGUGUGUCUACGUAA